AUGGGUAGUCGUAAUGAUCCUAAUCCCUUCGACGAGGGAAGAAAUGUUAACCCAUAUGCGGAACAUGGAGCUCAAAGUAAAGGGUCUAGUCAACAAAAUUAUGGUGCAGGAGCAUUUUUCAUGACGAAUCCUAAUUCUACAGCAAACCCAAAACUAUCACCGCUCCCCCCAGAACAUGCUGACUAUGGGUAUGGUGCAUCUGUUGCUACCCCUGCCGAUAACACCAGGGAUUUGAAAGCCAAGGAAAAGGAACUCCAAGCUAAAGAGGCUGAGCUAAAAAGGAGGGAAGAGGAAUUAAAGAAGAGGGAGGAGGCAAUAGCAAAAGCUGGAAUUGUUAUAGAGGAAAAAAACUGGCCACCUUUUUACCCAUUAAUUCAUCACAAUAUUGCAGCUGAAAUUCCUAUCCAUUUACAGAAAAUACAAUAUGUUGCAUUUGGGACGUGGCUGGGUCUCAUGUUGUGCCUUGUAUGGAAUCUUAUAGCAGUGACUGCUGCCUGGUUCCAAGGGCAAGAUGCUACAAUUUGGUUACUUGCUGUUAUCUACUUGAUAACAGGAGUUCCUGGUGCGUACUUUUUGUGGUACCGUCCUUUGUACAAAGCAAUGAGGACUGACAGUGCUCUUAAGUUUAGUUUCUUUUUCUUGACUUACAUUUGUCACAUCGCCUUUUGUGCUUUUGCUACACUUGCUCCUCCUAUGAUCUUCGAAGGGAAAUCUCUUGCAGGAAUUAUGCCAGCUUUUGAUAUUCUAACCUGGAAUGCUACACUCGGGGGUUUCUACUUCAUUGGAUUUGGACUUUUUGCUCUUGAAACCGCAAUCAGCAUCUGGGUGAUUCAGCAAGUUUACUUGUACUUCCGUGGUAGUGGAAAGACUGCAGAGAUGCAACGUGAGGCUACUAGGACUACUGUGAUGGCAGCAUUAUGA